UCAUCUCUCAUCCUUUCCCACCUCCCCUUCUUCUCUCGCCUCACGCGCUCCUCCUUCCUCCUCCUCGUAGUUUACCGUUGGUGCGAGGGCGGCGCAACCAAACCAGCUCAGGGUUACCUCAUCUCGAGCUUGAUCACACUAGCGCCUGGGACUUCAUUGGGAGAUCGAUUGCUUUCCAUUUGUCAACCAUCGGGAGAGCUUCCGUUUCUUGCCCACGCCCCAGGUAAGGUUGCCGGUUGCGGAUCAAAUUCAAACAUGACGACGCUGUCGUCCGGCGUCCUCCUCAAGCUGCUCGAUGGCAUGAAGACCGGCGCCGCCAAGCCCGUGGGCGAGCACCGGACGGCGGUGCUGCAGGUGACGGACAUCGUGCCGGCGGAGAUGGACGAGAAGGACCUGUGGCCCAAGCACGGCCAGUUCUACGUCAAGGUCUCCGACGCCUCGCACUCCAUCUACGCCAUCCUCCCGCUCGCCCAGGCCGAUCUCGUCCUCUCCAACAAGCUCCACCUUGGCCAGUUCGUCCACGUCGACCGCCUCGACCCGGCCUCCCCAGUUCCCGUCAUCGUCGGCGCCAGGCCGCUCCCCGGCCGCCACCCCCUCGUUGUUGGGACGCCCGACCCAGCCGCAAGGGCAAAGCCCGCCGCGCCGCGCAGAGGAUCUUGGGGCCCCGAACAGAACACCAGCAUCAAGCCCACUACGCUCAACUUCGACGCCGACAGGACGCCGGGCAAGGAGCGGCCGGCCUUGUCUACGCCGGUAAAGGAGCGGCCGACCUUGGCGACGCCUGUCAGGGAGCGGGGGCUCGCGGCGUCACCGGCGUCGGUGAGGAAGAGCAGCAGCGUGCUGCCCAGGCUGACCAGGAGCAAGAGCUUCGUCGCAGACAGGGACAACCAUCCCAAGAUCCCCAAAAGCCCAUAUCCCGCUGAGAAGAGCUCAGUAAGCUGCACGGCCUCGCGGGUGAUGAGGAGAGUGGUGAAGGAGGAAGAGCCCUCCUCACCUCCUUCCGAUGACGAGCUCGGCAGCUCGGCGACAUCCUCCAAGAAGCGAUCGUCGACGGCUGCUCGCGUGCCGGUGCCAGGGAAGCUCAGUGUACUCGGGAAGGAAGCCAUGGAGCAGAGGGAGCAGGCUCAGAAGGCGGCCCUCGAGGCGCUGCGCAAUGCCUCAGCCACCGACAACGUGGUUAGGAUCUACAAGAUCUUCUCUGAAUUGAGCAAGACGGCGAGGCCGGACGCGCCGGCCACCUGUUUCGACAGCUUCCUCAGCUUCCACCAGGAGGCCGUGCAGGCCGUCACCGACAUCGAGGCCAUCCAGGCGGCCACGUCGAUGGCCGCCGCCGUGGCGAGCGACGAGCAGCCCGAGGACGCGCCGCCGGUCUUGCAGGAGAUAGCUCAGAACAGGGCUGCCGUGCGGCGGAGAGGCCUAGGCAGCGGUGGGGUGUCCAAGUCAGUGUCGUUCGCGCCCGGCACGUUGGAUCCGAAGCAGGACGACGGCGGCGGCAAGACAACCCGGAGCUCGAUUGCCAGCAAAAAGUGCCUCGCCAUGGACAAGAUCGGCGAAGACGGCGGCGACGAGAAGAGAUCAACUUCUUCAGCUACCACUGCACAUUCUGCUCUGGGCUCGUCGCUUAAGCUGGCGAAGCAGGUACAGGCCGAAGCAGGGAGCUGGUUCAUGGAGUUCUUGGAGGCCGCGCUGGAGACCGGCCUGAAGAAGAGCAAGGCGUCCGCGAUGGCGGACGGACGGAAGCAGAGCAGCUGCUGCUGCCCGCAGUCGCUGAUGCUGCGGGUGAUCAACUGGGUGGAGGUGGAGCAGAGCGGCGGCGACAGCAGCGGCAGGAAGCACGCCCACCCGAGGGCGGCUGCCAUCGCAAGGAAGCUCAGAAUAAAGGCCAAGAAUCCAUGAUGCCCCGCUAAUGACGUGUUACGAUCUGAUUCUUCUAGGAGGAUAAUUUGUUGUGGUAGAAUGUGAAGAAGAAAGUGAAUGCUUCAAUUGUUUUACAGUAUAGAUUGUUUCAAAAUUUCAUGAAGCCUACUUGAGCGGGUGCUGUACUGAAGUUACCAUAUUGUGUGUGUGUUAAGUACAUUGUUCAUUAUUAUUCUUGCUU